AAAGAGGACCAAAACUAGCAAUUAAUCCAAAUUAUGAUGUAAAAGAAGAAAAUUUCAAAGAUUGUUUUUUUCCCUGCGCCACCCUCCGCUUAACGUACGCACCUUUUCUCUUCCGCCCGAACCACCGUCGUAUCUCUCUCUCUCCACAUUUCACUUUCCAUCCCUUUUUGGUUUCAUCUCUGCAAAUUUCCGCCAUUAAUAUUACAUUUUUUUAUAGAUCUGUAAAAUUCACGUUCAUUAAAAACCCACCCAAAAAAAGCACAGCAAAUUUUCACCAUUUUCUCUUCUCAUCAGUUUCUCUCUGACAAUUGUACUAUUAUUGCUAUUAUUAAUACACAAACAAACUUCACCUUCAUAAAUUCACACUUAAAUUAGUUAUUACUCACUUCACUUUCCCCCCUUUCUCUCCCUCUUUCUACAUACAUUACUCUGUGAUUACUUCAACUGUUUUUCUUUCUUAUGUCAUUGCUGGAGCGGUUCGGAUUCUUCUUCCUCGUCAUUGUCGUCGUCCGGUCGAUCUCCGGCGAUCGGUUGCGCGGCGUCACUUGCUCACCUCCGACGUCGUCUCGGAUUCGCCGCCAUUGUUCCCGUUUCCAGAAGACGGUGUUGUUGCUGAGAUCCGAGCUGCUUCCUUUCCGCAUUCUCGGAUUUGAUUAUCAGCUCGUUCUCUAACCCACGCGAUCUUCCUCCUCUUUUGUGGAAUAAUCAUCAUAUUUGUGGUUGUUGACAAUCGGUUUAUGAGAGAAGAUGAAUCCGUUGUGCUGCAUUGCUCCGGUGUCGGUCGAUCGGGAUCGGGGGAAUCCUGCUGUCGUGAAGUCGCUGUCGCAGAACGAACAGUCUGGGUUUGAGGCGGCGGGGAAGCCUCCUGUGAGUAGUUUCAACUCGCGGCAGAGUUUCUCUAGGAUUUCUUCCGUCAACGGCGAUGCUGAUUUGACUGCCGCGGCCGAUUGCAAUAGUAAUAUUAGUAAUACAAAUGUUGGUGAAAAUAAUAGUAGUAAUAAUGCUAGUAUUAGGAAGAGUAGUAGUGUGAAGUUGAGGGAAGAGAACAAUAAUGCGGCUGCAUUGUAUAGUAGUGGGAAAACGAGUGUGUCGGGAGUGUUGUACAAAUGGGUGAACUUCGGCAAGGGGUGGAAAGCCAGGUGGUUUGUGUUGGAGGAUGGAGUGUUGUCGUAUUAUAAGGUCCACGGUCCGGAUAAGAUCGUGAUGAGCCCUCCUUCCGUCAAGGAGAAAGGCUUUAAAGUUAUUGGGGAGGAUUCUUGGAGGUACAUGAGGAAAGCUAGUAGUAUUGGGGGUAAUUAUCAGUCCGGAGCUAAUGGUAUUACAUCAUCCAAAAUGUGGAAGCCCUUCGGGGAAGUGCAUUUGAAGGUUUCUUCUAUACAAACUAGCAAGUCAGAUGAUAAAAGGCUUUCGAUAUACAGUGGGACAAAAACUCUCCAUUUGCGUUGCUCCUCCAGAGAAGACCGCAUGGCUUGGAUAGAGGCGCUUAUGAGUGCUAAAGAUCGGUUCCCCAGAAUGUUAUCCAGCACUGAUCUUGCACCUUCUCAAGAGUUUGUUGCAUCGACAGAAAAGCUCCGUGCAAGAUUGCUGCAGGAUGGUAUUGCUGAAGCAGUAGUUAAAGACUGUGAGUCUAUAAUGCUUCAUGACAUCACUGAGCUACAGAGUCAGUUGAAGGCUCUUCAACUUAAACACAUUAUGCUUCUUGACAGGCUGAGACAGCUAGAGACUGAGAAGAUUGAGUUGGAAACAACUGUGGUCGAUGAAACCAAGGAAAGAGAUUCAUGUUGUGGAGGCAAUAGAAGAUUCAGUGAUUUCUAUUCCAUCAUGUCAGAGGGGAGUGCAAGUGACUCUGAUGCUGAUAAUGAAAGCCGGGACGGAGGAUAUAUUGAACAAGACGAAGAUAACUUAUUUUUUGAUACAAAUGAUUUUCUAUAUGCUGAAUCCUUAAGAAGUGCUUCUUAUCGAAGUAGAGAAGGUGCAGGAAAUGCCUGCAGCUCUUUUACAAAUGAUAAAGGUCCAUUCUCGUCAGAUCGUUUAAGAGAAAUUGAAAUAGAUAUAAAGGAAAUUGAGUAUCCAUACGUCAAAAGGCGAAGUAAUUUGCCAGAACCAAAGGAGAAAGAGAAGCCAAUCGGUUUAUGGUCAAUAAUUAAGGAUAACAUUGGCAAGGACCUAUCUGGAGUUUGCCUACCUGUUUACUUUAAUGAGCCAUUAUCUUCACUGCAAAAAUGCUUUGAGGAUUUGGAGUACUCGUAUCUAGUUGAUCGAGCAUUGGAGUGGGGAAAGCAGGGGAAUGAUCUGAUGAGAAUCUUGAAUGUAGCAGCUUUUGCUGUAUCUGGUUAUGCAUCAACUGAAGGUCGGCAAUGCAAACCUUUUAAUCCUUUACUUGGGGAGACAUACGAGGCUGACUAUCCAGAUAAAGGUCUACGAUUUUUCUCAGAAAAGGUGAGCCAUCACCCUAUGAUUGUUGCUUGUCACUGUGAGGGCAGAGGAUGGAAAUUUUGGGCUGAUUCUAAUCUCAAAGGCAAGUUCUGGGGCCGCUCUAUUCAGCUCGAUCCUGUGGGAAUUCUUAGCUUGCAAUUUGAGGAUGGUGAAACAUUCCAGUGGAGCAAGGUCACGACUUCCAUAUACAACAUAAUCAUUGGUACAAUCUACUGUGACCACUACGGUACCAUGCGUAUCAAGGGCAGUGGUAGAUAUUCCUGCAAACUUAAAUUCAAGGAACAAUCUAUCAUAGACCGCAAUCCUCAUCAGGUUCAUGGAUUUGUGCAAGACAAUAAAACUGGAGAGAAGGUAGCAAUGCUGUUGGGUAAAUGGGAUGAAGCAAUGUAUUAUGUGUUGGGAGACCCUAUGACAAAGCCAAAGGGUUAUGAUCCAAUGACAGAAGCUGUAUUGCUUUGGGAGAGAGGCAAAUCCGUUACCAAGACAAGAUAUAAUCUCUCACCUUUUGCCAUAUCUCUAAAUGAAUUGACACCUGGUUUACAGGAAAAGCUGCCCCCGACUGACUCCCGGCUUAGGCCAGAUCAACGUCAUUUAGAGAAUGGAGAAUAUGAGCUGGCAAAUUCCGAGAAGCUGAGACUUGAACAACUUCAGAGACAGGUCUCUCACACACGCGCGCACACACACACACGCACACAGUCACUGUACCACACUCCACUCAAGGUUUUUUUGCCUGAUGUCUUGUGUUUUGUGUGGGAUUUUAAAUAGCUUUGUAAUUAUUGCGCAGGCAAGAAAACUGCAGGAGAGAGGCUGGCAACCACGAUGGUUCCGGAAGGAUGAUGAUGGCUCUUACCAGUAUGUUGGUGGAUACUGGGAAACUAGGGAGAAACGUAACUGGGGAGAUAUUCCCAACAUAUUUGGGCAGGGUACCGAUAUACCUAGUAGAGUAGAAUAUCUUCCUUUCUAGGCUUCACCGACUUUGGAAUCAGAAUGACAAUAACUGCCAAAACGUGCUUGGUUCUGGUUAGUCGCGACCACGAAAUGUUAGACGAUGGUUUUCCACAACUAGAUUUAGUGGAAGCCUGUUUUUGUAGUUUGGGAGACUGGGAGGUGUGUCCCUGGGAAAUGGCAAAGUUCUAUUCUUUCUGUGAAGACGAUGAUUCGGAUCCUUAAAGAAAGUACAUAUAUCAGUAAAUUACAAACCUUUUCAAUUGAGAUCAGGAAAAGCUUGGAGUCUGGACAACACAAUCGUAUGCGUCUUAUGGUAUAAUUUGAGGCAUUUUUAAAAACCAGCUUCUUCUUCUUCUUCUUCGUGGUUUUAAGGGGAUAUUUGAACUGAAAAACUUCUUUGAGUUGGAAACAUUAAGUGGUUACCAAUUCCAUCCUUAUCAGAUAAACACC